UUAAUAAGAAAUAUAUUAAAAUUAGAAAGCAAAAAAAAAAAAAUGUAAGUGUACAAAACUACAAAAGGUAACAAACAAACCAUAUUUGUAACCAUACAACUUUCCUUUUGUUAGGAAUGUGAACUUUCAUUCAUGUCUCCUUCCACAAAAGUUGGAGAAACCAAAAACAGAGAAGCUAAACAUAGGAAGGAGAAAACUAGCUAGGAAACUCUCGUUCAUCGAACAAUGGUAGAGCUCUGCUCGGCAAUGUUUUCGCAUUUUCUAUUGUUGUUUCUGUCAUCUCUCUCUCUCUCUCUCCACUACCUCCACCCAUUCCCCUCAUCCAAACUCCUCCAGAGAUGGGUCACUUCCUCCUGCUCCCUCUGUAUCUCCUCCUCGCAUUCCUCUUCCUUCUUCUCACCGGCGUGGUUGCCGCCGACGAUAGUUUUGUUCUUCUCAAACUUGCCAAAUCCAUCUCCCCUUUGCCUCCUGGAUGGUCCUCUAAAUCCUCCACUGGUUUCUGCAACUGGAAAGGGAUCAAAUGUGAUUCUAGUAACACUAAAGUCACAUCCAUUACCCUCUCCAACCUUGGUGUCAGCGGCACAUUGCCACCUGAGAUUUCAACCCUCACCCACCUCGAGACUUUAUCCCUCCAGAACAACAAUUUCCAAGGCCCACUUCCUUCUCUUUCUAAACUGCCCAAUCUUCAGUCUGUCUUCUUGGACAACAACAAUUUCUCCUCUAUCCCCCCUGGUUUCUUCAAGGACCUCGUCAAUCUUGAGACUUUGAGUAUUGGCAACAAUCUCGAUCUCCCUCCAUGGCAGAUCCCUUCCCAAGAUCUUCUGGGCUCGCCACUUUUGACUUCCUUCCUCGCCCAGCAUGCCAAUAUAUUUGGGUCCAUCCCCGAUGUGUUUGGAUCCUUGGUCAGCUUGCAGAACCUAAAACUGAGCUACAACAACCUCACUGGUCCCCUCCCACAAUCCAUGGCAAAUUCAUCCAUUCAAAACCUCUGGUUGAACAACCAAGAAAUGGGUCUCUCUGGGAACCUCCACGUUCUCGCUGGGAUGAGUCAGUUGUCUCAAGUGUGGGUUCACAACAAUCAGUUCACUGGUCCAAUUCCUGAUCUCUCGAAAUGUGACAAUCUCUAUGAUUUGCAGCUUCGGGACAAUCAGCUCACUGGGAUAGUCCCCGUUGAUAUGUUGGCCUCGCUCCCAAAACUGAGCAACAUCUCCCUUUCUAAUAACAAGUUUCAAGGUCCGGUUCCAGUUUUUCCUUCCCGUAUCAAGGUUGUUAACAGCGGAGCCAACAAUUUCUGUGCAGCUCCUGGGGUUGGUUGUGCUGGCCAAGUGAAGGCACUGCUUCAAGUUGCCGAGGCUUUUGGUUACCCAACAAGUUUAUCUGACAAAUGGGAAGGGAACGACCCAUGUUCUCGAUGGUCGUUCAUCACUUGUGAUCCGGAUAAAAAGAAUGUCACCACUGUUAACUUAGCAAAACAAGGGUUUGCAGGGAAGAUUUCGCCAGCUUUCGCACAGCUUGCAUCUUUGCAGUUUUUGUAUUUGAAUGAGAACAACUUGACAGGCUUGAUUCCUGAUAGCCUCACCACCCUGCCUCAGCUUAAGGUGGUUGAUCUUUCCAACAACAACUUGUCAGGGAGGAUUCCUGUUUUUUCAUCCCAUGUAAAACUCACUCUUUAUCCUGGAAACAAAUUCUUGGGGACGAAUAUUGACACUAGUGCUACUACUGGAGGAGCAUCAUCAACUGAACCUGAGGAUCCAGCCAACGGGACUGGCCGAUAUUCCUCUAAGAUAUCGAAAGGGGUGAUUGUCGCCAUAGUUGUACUGGUAUUCCUUUUUGUUCUUGCAGUUGUGAUAUUUGUGCUACUUAGAUAUAAGAAGAUGAAGAAGAAAGGGAACAAGAUUGGAGACGAGGAAGGAAAGCUCAUGUUCGGAAAAGGAGGGAAGGGAAAUAAUAAAGAAAUAUACAUUAUUGCCGAUGAACUCCAUGGAAGAAGUGGCGGGAAGGGCGUUGUUGGACAAAAGAUCGUUGAAGAUCAUGGUGCCUCCAUGUCCAUAGAGGUUUUGAGACAAGCAACAGAUGAUUUCUCAGAGAAGAGAAUCAUAGGGAAAGGUGGGUUUGGUGUGGUGUACAAAGGUGAUUUACACGAUGGAACCCAAGUAGCGGUGAAGAGGAUGGAGUCUGCAGGGCCGAUGGGGAGCAAAGGACUGAAAGAAUUCCAGGCAGAGAUUGCAGUGUUGUCCAAUGUCAGACAUCGACAUCUCGUGGCGUUCCUUGGCUAUUGCAUCAACGAGAGCGAGAGGUUGCUGGUGUACGAGUAUAUGUCCAGAGGGACCCUUGGACAACAUCUAUUUGAUCGCCAUCGCCACCCGCUAACUUGGAAGCAGCGAAUCACCAUUGCCCUCGAUGUUGCAAGAGGGGUCGAGUAUCUGCACAGCUUGGCUCAGCAGAGUUUUAUUCACAGAGAUUUGAAGCCAUCAAACAUCCUUCUUGGCGACGACAUGAGAGCCAAAGUGUCGGAUUUUGGUCUGGUAAAGCAUGCCACUGAUGGGAAACAGUCUAUGGAGACCCGACUGGCUGGAACUUUUGGAUAUUUGGCCCCAGAAUAUGCUACUACAGGAAGAGUAUCAAGGAAGGCAGAUGUUUAUGCGUUUGGAGUGAUUCUAAUGGAGCUGAUAACAGGAAGGAAAGCUCUAGAUGACACAGUGGAGGAUGAGACAAGCCAUCUUGUGACAUGGUUCCGGAUGAUGAUGAACAGUAACAAGAACAACAUCCAAGCGGCCAUCGAUGGCGCUCUUACCGUAGUACAUAAUCAAGAUCAAGAUGAACACGAGUCAACGUUGGAAGCCAUUCAUAAGGUCGCUCAAUUAGCCGGUCAUUGCACUGCCACAGAACCAAGCCAGAGGCCUGAAAUGGGUCACGCGGUGAACGUAUUGGCGCCAUUGGUGGAGCAAUGGACCCCUUCAAAUAAUCAAUACGAUCAGUACUCCUCUACUACGGGAGAUCUUCAAGAGCAACAAGGCUCCGCCGGAAUUGACCUCAACAUGACUCUCCCUCAGGCUCUACAGAGGUGGAAAGCAGCUAGUGAAGAUGCUUCAACCACGUUUGCUGCUCCAUCAUUGACAUCUACAAAUGAUACUGAUGAUGCAGAUGCUCAAAGAACUUUCAAUCACACCAGCGCGGCGACCGACAGAUGACACGACUACGUUACGUAUGAUUAAUUUUUAAAGAUGUUACAUACAACUUGUAGUUUUUUUAUAGGUGGAGGCAUACAUUUUAUAAAGUUAGUAGUGAAUAAAAAAGAGGUCAGAGACAUGUAUACUUGGGAAUGAAUGGGAUUUUUUUUCCUUCUUAACUUGCAUAGAAGCAAUAACCCCUAAAGAGAAGGGAUUGAGCAAGUGUCGAUUUUGGGUCAAUCCAUCACUCCUCGUUUGGGAAUUACUUUCUUGUUGCCUUUUUCCCUCUACACGCAAUUUUAAUAUAUUAUUAUAUAUUCAAAGGUAAUUUUUAUAGAUGAUAUAUUCAAAAGUGAUACAAGUAGUUUUGUGUUUAGGCCAACGUCAUAUAGCUCAUUACUUUUAUAUAAUUAACCUUCUUUUAGCAGGUUGAGUUAUUGUGAUCAAACGAUUUCUGAUAUGGUAUUAAAAUGUGGUUUGAUCAUGUGUUCUAAUUUCCACGACCUUCAAUACUAAUAAUCACUUUAAGCGUAAUUUGAAUCUAGUGUCAUAAGAUUUAUAAUUAACCUUCUCACGUUUCAAGAGAAAUAGUAGAAUAUACACCUCUUUGCUACUAAAUCUUCACAGUGCUCUCUUUCUCCACAACUCAAACUCUCAAAGGUAAAAAUACUAAGGGCUCGUUUGAAGAAAAAUGUUUGGAAUCUAUAGAUUCAACAUUAAGUUUAUGUUAUUUUGUUGCGUUUUAUAUUGCGGGUUUGAGGUUCAGAGAUUUUAAAUCUCUAAAUCUAGAGAUAUCAAAUAUCUCAUGAUUGACGAGAUUUUACAUCUUAGGGUUGGUUUGUAGAAUUGGAGUCUAAAUAUCUAAAUUGUAAAGAAUCAAAAGAGUCUAAUUCUCCGAAUUGUUGAGAAAACAUUUUAAAAUGUUCACUGUCUGGUAACUGCGACUGUUAACAUUCAAUAAAAAUAAAAAUUCUAAUUUUUUUUAGCAAAUUGCAUGUUUAGCCUUAAACAAAAGAAGCAAAGUGACUCAUUAAAUCUUGAGAAUUUAUUGGUAAGGGUACUUAGUGGAAUAAAUAAGAAAAAUAAGAGAUAAAAGCAGGAGGAACAAAAAUUUCACAAAUCAAGAUAUAAAAUCUCUCUUAUUAUGAGAGAUUUGAUGUCUCUAGAUUUUAUAGAUUUUAAAUCUCCGAAGUUAAAAUCAAUGAUAAAAAAACAAAAACAAAAAAUAUAACUUUCUGCUAAAUCUUUGGAUUUAAUGAAUCCAUGGCGGAAAUAUUUUUCUUCAAAUGAGCCCUUAAUUGUGAGACUUAUUUCUCUCAUGCUUUAUUACUUCAUUUUUCCAUUAAAUACCAUUAUCAAUAAAUUUUUAAUUUUUUCAAGUCACUCUGAUUUUUUUAAUUAAGGGUAAACUUGUCA